CGACGACCUCCGUCCCUAGCCCUGUUGUCAAAGUCGACAGCAUGAAGCUGGCGCAAACGAGCUCCGCAGCUUUCAUUUGGCUUGCACUGGCCCAGGGCAGAGAAGCUCGCCCAAGCUUCUCGCAAGGCUCGCAGCAGAGCGACGAUGCAUCAGCGCUCCUGCAGUGGCGAGGUCUGACGACACCUUGGACGGACCAAGCCGUGUUCGCUCGAGGUGUGACGGACUCUUCGUUGCCAGUCGGAACGAGCAAUGGUAGGGUGUCUGAGCUGACCAGACACUUCUCGGACCUCGACAAGCCGUCGACGAUAGCGCAGCACGAGGUUUCGACCAAGCACAUCGUACCCGCGACCCAGGAGGCGCUGCAAAAAAGUCCUUCGUUUCACGAGCCAACGCUGCCCAAGACGUCGGAGAUCAUACCGGCACUUCCUGAAACGCUCGAUAAGAGCCCAUCGCUGAUCGAGCCGGACAAGACUCUGGCAAAGGCGCCCUCCUUCUCGAAGCAUUCCGGCAUGCACAUCCGUGAUCAUGCGGCGGUGCAAGGACCUAAUUCGCUUACUGCAGAGAAGCCCAAGAGCUCGGUCCUGAGCAAAUUCAAAAAGUUUGGCAAGUGGGGUCUCGGAGUGGGCGCUACCGCAGGCUUGCUGACAGGAGCUGGUCUUCUUGUCCACCACCAGAACGAUGAUAUAAAGAAGGUGCAGCAGUCGCAAGACGAGAUGUGGAGGAAGUACCACUUGUAUCAAUACGAAACCGGAACCAAACCCAAGCUUAAGCCUGGCCUUGGCGACUACGUCAAAGGCGGUCAGGGUUGGUAA